GUCGCGCUCGCCGGCUCGCUCCCUGCUUCCCUUGUGGUAGAUCCUCGCCUCGUUUUGCGUCCAUAAUCCGCUUCAUUGCUUCUCUCCGUCACGUGAUGCUCGAUGUCUCACUGCGACCGAGAGAAAAAGCGGGAGAAAGCAUACCUGCCAUUUUGUCUUCUCGAAGGACGAUGCAGCGGAGGUUUCGCUCUGCAGCUGCUCUCUUAUUGGCGCUGCUUGUGCUGCUGAGUGAAGCCGCGCCUGAAUCUCUACCCUCUGUGGCCCCUACAGACGAAUGUGGAACAAGGCCGCUUGUGGAUGAGACAGCAACAGGGAGUCGGAUUAUAGGUGGACAGGACACUAAGCGUGGGGCAUGGCCAUGGCAAGUUAGUCUUCAAAUUUAUCACAAUGGUUCAGGAAGAUACUUUCAUGUAUGUGGUGGAUCUUUAAUUAAUAAAAACUCUGUGCUGACAGCAGCACACUGCGUUAGAAGCAGGAAACCAGAGCUUUGGAGGAUUGAGAUUGGCUUACAUCAACUUUAUAGAGACAAGCAUCGUACUGUAAAGAGCCGGGUUAGAGCUAUCAUGGCCCAUUGUCGUUACAAUAAUAAAACCCAUGAAAAUGAUAUUGCCCUGUUUAAAUUAAGGCAAUCUAUCACAUACAAUGACUAUAUUCAGCCUAUCUGUUUACCUGAAACUCCUCUUGUCCUGACUGACGACAACCCAUGUUACAUAAGUGGAUGGGGACUGAAAAAGGAGAAUGGUACUCCAAGUUAUAUAUUGCAAGAAGCUCAAGUACACGUUUUUCCACGACAAGUCUGUAAUAGGUAUGACUGGUAUGCUGGGGCAUUAUCAAGGAAUGAACUUUGUGCUGGCUCUGAAAGUGGACGUGUUGAUAGCUGCCAGGGAGACAGUGGUGGUCCUCUGAUGUGUUACUUCCCAAAUAAAAUCAAGUAUUAUCUGGUAGGAAUCACCAGUUAUGGCGUUGGCUGUGGCCGACCAAAAUUACCAGGAAUCUAUGUACAUACAGCUAAUUACAGAAGUUGGAUAGAUUCACGCCUGCUUGGCAAAACCUCCGCUGUGAGCAUUCCAGGUGUUCUGACCUUUUCAACUGUGAUAUGUAUAACCUUCCAUUUUGCUCUGUAAAUAGACUUCCAUUGCACUAGAAUUAGAUUACUUUUUAAACUUUAAUUGCUUCCCCUGGCAAAUGUUUACCAAAAUUCAUUAUUUAACAAAAAUUUAUUAUUUACGCUUUGUAAUAUACACUAUUUACCUACCUACAAAUUAAAAAAUGUACUUUAUCCAUAAUUUAAUUUGUAAACCAAAAAGCACUGUUCAGUUCCAUAUUUAUUCAUUUAAUUUCAUUUAUUAAUAACUUCUCAUAAAACUUCCCAAAUUGAUUUAACAAUAAAAACAUAAUGUAAAAAUAAUUUCAGGUCCGAUAUAGAUACAGACUGGGAGUAAAAAUCUCCACUUAAAAGGCCUGCUGAAAAAGGAAGAUCUUCAGUAGGCAGAGAAAAAAUAAUAGAGAUUGCACCUGUUUGAUAUAUAGCAAGAGGGAGUUCCAAACAGGUGGUACCACAGUAAAGGUCCAAUUCCUGCACUGUAUGGAACGGACCUCCUGAUGAGAUGAUAUCUGGUUGGGUAUAGAUGGGGUAAGAUUUUAGAUACAUUUUUACCCUCUGUUGUCAGAGAUGUAUACUUUUAGGACCCAACCUAUUUUUUGUGGUGUGAUUUCAGAUUGAUUUCAGCUGUUUUUAAUUAGGUAUUUUAAAACUGUUGUGACCUGCCCUGGACCUUUGGAUGAAGGGUGGGUAAUAAUAAUAAUCCAAGUCCAAAACUGUAUAGGGUUUUGUAUAUCAGUAUCAGCAACUUAGCCCACUAGCUAACUAGCAGCCAGUGCAAUUACUUCAGCAGCAGUGUAACAUGAUGGCAAUAUUCAGCCCCAGUGGGCUGCAUUUUACACUAGCUGCAACUUCCAGGCCAACUGAAGCUGGUAAAAGGCAUUCCUAGCCACUGAGGUCACUUGGGCCUCUAGUGACAAAGAUGGAUCAAGGAUGACCCCAUCCCAACCAGAGAACUGACCAGUUACCCAGACUUAACUGCUUGCCCACAGUGCCUCCAACUUUUCAGGAUUCAUUCUGCUGGUCCUCCUUCAGCUCUCUGUUCCAAGACUUGCACAGCCUCUCUUCAUUUGGAUGUUACAGAGAAACAGAGGCAGGUAUCAGCAGCAUACUGAUGACACCUUGCCCCGAUCUCUUAAGGACUGUUCCCCAUGGCUUCCUGUAGUUAAGUAGCAUUGGGGACAAGAUUGUAGGAUCCUGCAGCACCCCACAGCACAAUUGCCAGUGGGCCAAAAAAUAAUCAUCCAAUGCUAUCCUCUGAACCUGACCUUGGACACAGGGUUGGGACUACUGUAAAACAGUGCCCACAAUGCCCCUCUCACACAGUCUGUUCAGGAUAGCAUGGUCCAUAAUGCUGCAUGCUAGAAUAUAGAGAAACAAAUGCCAAAUAUUGCUGUAGUAUCCACAGUAUUUUUUAAAAUAAAACAUACUUUGUAAUUGAAUAUAGAUGUCGUUUUAAAAUUCAGAUUUAAUAUUUCUUUAAUCCUUCACUGACAACUGACUGCAUUAGAGAAGAAAGUGUGAAGACCUAUAAAUAAUUGCGCUGACAGACCAUUUGCUUUAGCAUUAUGUUAAAUACAACCCAUUAUUAAUAAAUGUGCAAAACUCAUCUCAAGAUGUGCUAUAGAAUGUUUACAUUAUAUAUGAGCUGUGCUUCACUUGACCAGAAGCAAAGUUAGUACUCCAGGAGCUUUAUACCCCUUCUCCCACAAAUCCUAUGCAAGUUUAUUUAGAACUAAAUCUCUGCAAGUAUUGCUGUGCCUCUCCCUGCCACCCCCUUAAAGCUCCACAGUGGCUGCCUGGAAGAGGGAAUAGCAGGUCAGUUUUCUCAGGCAUGCAUAACAAUCCUCCCUUGUCAAAAUUCCCUCCACUUUAUCAUUGUUAACUCAUUGUAACCCUGUCCUCCUUUGAAUGGUUGCCCUUAGUAAGAUAUGAUUUCUUUAUUGUAAUGGCCAACAUUCACAUCAUUAAACAAAGGAGAUGCUUCAUUAAAAUGGUUGUGAUGAAGAAUAUAGCAAAACAGAAAAUCCAGUGUGCCAAAGUAAGGCACAGGAAUGUCACUUAAAAGUCCUUUCCUGAAGGCUAGAACUACAUUCAUUCAAUGCCCUAGUAAUGGCAAUGGGUAAUUAACUAAGUCAUACAUUAAAAUCAGUUGACUUAAGUCUGUUGAUCUCAGUGGAUCUACUCUAUGACUAACAUCGGCUAUCAAUCAAUGAAAUGGGAUCAACCUUCCCUUAUUCUGCAAACGCUGUUCAGCUCACCUACCAUCACUGUUAUAUUUCUGAGGGUUUUCAUUUCUUUGUCGCAUGGCAACUCUGGGUUUAGU